CUGAAGUCGGUACACAUCGAGCGCGGAGGGGUCUCCAUUGACAAAAAUCCGCAGUCCAGUGUCAAAUCGAAGAAUGUAGGGGUGGAAAUUGGAAACCCUGAUCGAGUUGAACUGUCACACUGUCGAGAAACCUGCCUGGGUGUAGACUUCUGCAACAUGGACUGCUUUUAUGACCAACAGGUUCCCUUUGUAGUACCAGAUAGUGAAUGUCACUCAGAGGGAAAGGAGCGAUGCCUCAACAACAGGAAAAGGAAGUUUUUAGAUGCUGGCUUGGAUCAAGACACAGAGGAACUUUUCCAAGAUCUCAGCCAGCUUCAGGAAAUUUGGAUAGCAGAAGCGCAGGCUCCUGAUGAUGAGCAGUUUGUACCAGAUUUCCAGCCCAAUACUGUCAUGUUUCAAACACCACAAGUCAGCAAAGUGAAGCGAGAGUCCAGCCCAUCCAAAGAUCUUUCCCCGUGCAGGACGCGUCACACAGACGUGUGCCUUUACAGCAACAGUGCCUGUGAUGACAAAACAGCUGAAUUCACACACACUACUGCACCAAACCUGCGGCAGCGGCACGCUAACAGUCCUACGUGGCAGGUGUCCAGUUGCCCCACCCACCACCAGCACAUGCCGCAGGGCAAUCAGAGCCAUCAAUUUGCAUUGCCACGCCCUCCCAUUGGCUGUCUCACUGCAGAUUUUGGUUCAGAGCAGAGGUUUCAGCGACAGAUGUCAGACCCAUGUUUGUCCUUUCUACCAGCAAAGAAAACAGCCAACAUGCACUUCUCUCAGUCGAGCAAUGCGGGCCGCCCGGCCUAUCAGCGGCACCUAUCAGAGCCCCUUGUUUCAGUCCGCAGUAGAGCCGUUUGCAAACAGGAGAGUCUAGAUCCACAUUAUCCCGAUGCAGCGGCGUGCACUUCGAGCAUGGUGGCCUUCAACCGAGUCACAAUCAAACAAGAGCCGAGAGACUUUGGCUUUGACGCAGAAGUUCAAACCUGCCAAUCAUCACCCUUUGGCAAAACAUCAGUCUUGUACCAGCCCAGCGGGACAGGAUUUCCCCGUGACGCAGAAGCACACUUUUACUAUGACGAUGCUUGUGUGGUGCCGGACAGAUUGGAGGGUAAAGCAAAGCAGGAUGGUUUGCCAUAUCAGCGUCGUGGCUCACUGCAGUUGUGGCAGUUCCUACUAACACUACUGGACAACCCGGCUAAUGCACAUCUGAUUGUGUGGACAGGGCGCAAUAUGGAAUUUAAACUCAUUGACUCUGAAGAGGUGGCCCGGCUCUGGGGGAUCCAGAAGAACCGACCUGCCAUGAACUACGAUAAGCUGAGCCGCUCGCUGAGGUACUACUAUGAGAAGGGCAUCAUGCAGAAGGUUGCGGGGGAGAGAUACGUCUACAAGUUUGUGUGCAACCCUGAGGCCCUCUUCUCUUUGGCGUUUCCAGAAAGACACAGGCUCAGUCUGAAGCCCGACCCGGAUUCCCGUCUGCCUCCCGGAGAGGAGGAUACUCUAACUCUGCCUUCCUCUGAGGAAGAAGGUCCGUACUUGGCAGACGGAGGCGAGCAGUGCAUUCAGGGGCUGGCCUUUCCUGAAAAUUGCCUGUACUAGUUUGCAGUUUCAAUGAUGGUGAUGUUGGAAUCUUGACUCUUAAAUCUCUACCUUAGACAAAAAGAACUGGCAACUGUGGUUGUCAGUAUUUUGCCAUGACAAAUCCUAAAAAAAAACAGUAAAAUGUACGUAUAUGAAAAUGGUAUAAUGUUUCAGUAACUGUAAAUUUUAUGGAAAAAUUGAAAAUCAUGGUCGAAAAAAUUUAAUAUUGUAACUUUUUAGACUUUGAUCCAUAUUUAACCGGCCUUGGUGUGGUGAUAUCACUGCAUUCCUAUUUCGUUUUCCCCCCCUUUUCAACCAGGAUUAAAAUCAAGACCAUCAUCUUAGUAGCCGAGCAUGCUAACUACUGAGUUACUGAAGACCAGCUUCAGAUUUAGAAAUCCUAUGCAAGUAGGUUAGGAAAGCUUACUUCCUGAGAAUGUAAAAGAAGGUACUGGCAACUGAAUCAGGCCCGUGCUUUUGGCUCAGUAAUCAGCACACUCGAGUGACACAGCGAUGGUGCAAGUUCAAACCUUGGAAAAAGAAACGAUGUGCAGUGACACCACCAGACAUGUUACAUAAACUGUACGUACAUACUGUACUUUUUAAAGUCGUUUGCUAUCAUUUGAUAUAUAAAAAGUUACAAUGUACUUCUUUUAUUGGUAGUUUGUUUUUAAUUUGACAGUACACUUUUAAUUGGUUUCCUGUUUUUGUUUGUUUAUUUAUUUAUUUUUUUGUUUUUUAAUUCUGGUAACCACAGAUGCCAGUGGUUUAUCGUAUAUUUUUGGUAUGUUAUGCUUUGGCCCACAAAAUGCCCAUGGUGUUUCUACCCUAAUUUUGCAGCAAACAAUCAAAUAAAACACGUGAUGUGCAGGAUCAGAUUAUGAUUUUACCUCAGAAUAUGCAUAUUAUUAAAGCAAACCUUGCCAAGGGGGGAGUGCUAUGAUUCAACCAAAAACUGUCUUUCCAAGCCAUGCAGCUUCUGAACCUGCCUGAAAGGGACGUUGUCGUAUUUUUCAGACAUCCUCGUCCUCUUAUAACCUUUGUAUAUUGAAAUGUAGUUUUUGUGUUUGACAGCUAAUAUUUUAUUUUGUCAUGAUAUGAACUUGUAUGCUUUUCAGUAGAAUUGUUUAUGACAAAAGGUAUAGUACCUAUUUUUGAUUCACUGCCACUUUUAUGCUAUUAAGCAUGAGGAUUUGCUACAAUUGGUCUCAAUGUGUCCAGAUAGUCUCCUGCAUUUUGUAUCGUUGAGUCGCUUCAGUGUUUAGAGACACAGUAUGAUUAUUCUGUAUACGAAUAUAUUUUUGAAAAAGGAUGUGUUGCACAGAUUGUCUUAAUGUGUUGAUGGUAGUGCAAUGUCCUUAUUUGGGGAUUCAACAUUUUUUGCGGAUUCACUGCAGGAGAGUAUUGGCCUUCACUUGCUGUACAUGUGCCUUGCGUUAAUCUAUACUUAUACAAUAAAACUA